AGAGAUAGAGAACGAGUCGCGCAUUUACAUUACCUGUAGAGAACGUAGGCAAACAAGUUGGCAGCACCGCUCUCUUAUCAGCUGAGAGCGCCUGGAAGUCGCAAAUGAUUUGUUUAGUUGUGUUAUUUAAAGAUUAAAAUAUUACUAAAUCCUUUUAUUGUUUGUUUUCAAUAAAAUCAAUUUGUCGUAUGUGCUAGAACACAUCGCCAAAUAUAUGUAUCUUUAAGUCCAAUUGUGAGAAGUGAAUUAACCGUCGUUUUGCAUGUCUGCUGUGAAUACGCGUAUUGUGAAAAGCAUGUCUAUAAAUUCGUAAAUUAUGAAUUGAAAUGUGCGCUAAAUAGUGAAAAUACAGAUAGAUAUAUAUACACAUAUAUAUACAUAUAUAUGUAUAUAUACAUAUACUAAAGUUCAACGGCUUUUGGGAUUCAAUUGCUGCAAUAUAAUAAUUUAAUUUAUUUAUUUGGCACGUUCUGUGUGUGAACGACCUACAACAAGAGCUAAAACAACAACAACAAUAAAAACUACAACGAAUUUUUGAUCAUGAAUGACCGUGAAAUGAGCUGCAAUUCGGGCGGCCAAUUUAUGGAUCGCGGACGAAUGAAUCAGAACGGGGUUGUCCAGCCACUGCUAACCGAUUUAUAUCAAAUUACAAUGGCCUAUGCCUACUGGAAGUCGGGCAAAAUAGACGAUCAGGCUGUCUUUGACUUGUUUUUCCGAAACAAUCCAUUCCAUGGUGAAUUUACAAUUUUUGCUGGCCUCGAGGAGUGUCUUAAGUUUCUGGAUAGCUUUCACUACUCUCAAAGCGAUAUUGAAUAUCUGAAGCAAACACUGCCAGAGGGCAUUGAGAAUGAAUUCUUUGAGUAUUUGGGCAAUUUGACGGCUCAUGAUGUUACACUUUAUGCUAUUGAUGAAGGCACUGUUGCAUUUCCACGUGUGCCCAUUAUCAAGAUCGAAGGACCUUUAAUAAUUGUACAGCUGCUGGAAACAACGCUUUUAACGCUUGUGAACUAUGCCAGUUUAAUGGCGACAAAUGCAGCGCGAUAUCGCAUGGUGGCCGGGAAACAUGUCAAGCUAUUGGAGUUUGGGUUGCGUCGAGCGCAGGGACCCGAUGGAGGUUUAUCCGCAUCAAAGUAUUCAUACACAGGUGGUUUUGAUGGCACCUCCAAUGUGCUGGCCGGCAAGCUUUUUAACAUACCCGUGAAGGGAACGCAUGCACAUGCCUAUAUCACCAGCUUCAGCAGCUUGGGUGAGCUGAAGACACGUCUACUAAAGCACAAGCAGACGGGUGUCAUGGAGGAUCUGCUAGAGCAUGCCAUACGUCAUCGCCAGAUGCUGUCGCAUGUGCUCGACGUGUCCACGGAGGAGUCAAGUGAGGGUGAAUUGGCAGCCAUGGUCUCUUAUGCCAUCGCAUUUCCGGAUGGCUUUAUGGCCCUUGUCGACACGUACGAUGUUAAGAGCCGAGAAACAGAACAGAUCAUACAAGUUCCAUACGAUACCAAAUCAAGAGCUAGCCAACUAAUGAAUGGCGCUCCUUUAACGCCGCCAACCACUCCCAGCAGCAUAAAUGGCCAACAACAGUUGUCCACACUCAAUGGAUACAAUGGCAAGAUUAAUGGCCAGCAUGAGAGUGUUGUGCACACUAAUGGUCUAUCCAAAACAACACUAGUCACAGAGUCAACAACAGUAACCGCAAUCACAGAUACAUCAACUUCAAGUCUAAGUUCAACUCCAACUUCAGCUGCAAGAGCAACUACAGCAAUCACUACAUCCACGUCCUUCAAUGGGACGGCGUACCUACCAAAAUAUGUCGAGAAGUCAUUCAGGAGCGGAUUACUUAAUUUUAGCGCCGUUGCUUUGGCACUCAAUGAUCUGGGCUAUCAUGCUCUGGGUAUACGCAUCGAUUCCGGCGACUUGGCUUAUUUGUCGUGCCUAGCACGGGAAGCAUUCGAGAAGGUUGCGGAACGCUUCAAGGUGCCGUGGUUCAAUAAGCUGACAAUUGUCGCCUCCAAUGACAUCAACGAAGAUACCAUACUAAGCUUGAACGAACAGGGUCAUAAGAUUGACUGCUUUGGUAUUGGUACCCAUUUGGUUACUUGCCAACGUCAGCCGGCUUUGGGCUGUGUCUACAAGCUGGUGGAGAUUAAUGGCCAGGCGCGAAUUAAGCUUAGUCAGGAUGUGGAGAAGGUGACAAUGCCUGGCAAUAAGAAUGCCUAUCGGCUUUAUAGCGCCGAUGGACACGCUUUGAUUGAUCUGCUGCAAAAAGAUACAGAGCAACCGCCAGCUGUCGGCCAGAAGGUGCUGUGUCGUCAUCCUUUCCAGGAGUCCAAGCGCGCUUAUGUCAUUCCCUCGCACGUCGAGUCGCUCUACAAAAUCUACUGGCAAGCUGGUAAAAUAUGUCAACAGCUGCCUACAUUAGAGCAGGUGCGCGAGAAGGUACAAAUCUCAUUGAAGACCCUUAGGAAUGAUCACAAGCGAACCCUCAAUCCAACGCCAUACAAAGUAAAAGUGGCUGUCAGCGAUAAUCUGUACAAUUUCAUACACGAUCUGUGGCUGCAGAAUGCACCAAUUGGGGAGCUUUCAUGAUCUAUAUAAGCAGCCAGUGUCGGCCGUCCUAUGAAAAUAAUUCCGCAAAAUUCUACGCCCAUUUGAAUUGGUAUAUUCGUAUUGCGAUUGCAAUUUUAGUCAUUUGCUGGUCAUAUGCAUUAAAUAAUAUGGAAACGGAACCACAUUGUUAAUCUUCUUAGCGUGACAUUUGAACUAAGUUGAUUUUCCACUUAUAUAUACAUACAUAAUAUGUAUGUUCAAAAUGUAUGAGCACAAUAUAACUUGAUCUAUUAAAAAAAAAGUAGUACAUCAGUAAAACCAUAUGUAGCUUAUACAUAGUGAAUGUAAAUUAAAAUAUUCAAUAUUAUUAUAUUACGCACAUCAUAUUCAGGAAUGUGUCUGGUGCCUUACACAAAUAUCGGAAACUGUAACCAAAUACUUAAGAGUGGAGACGAAAGCGAAUUGUAUUUAAUAUUUGUAGUAAUUAAGUGUUGUACUAUGUUGCUAACAAAAAGUAGGAAAGAAUUAAAACCAAAAAUAUUAAACAGUUUGAAGUACAAAUGUUUGCUAAUUAGUAGAGUUUGCAUGUAUAGGCGGAACACAUCAAUGCACACACAUUUUACAAAAUUCUUAAUGCUUAUGUAUAAUAAUAAGCAAGUGUAAAUAUAUUCAAUCUAAAAACUAAACUAUAAGCAGGAAAGCAAAACUACUAACACUUACCACACGUUUAUUAAAUGUGCGCUUCAAUAAAAAUGUUUUUUGUUUUA